AUGUCCGAAGAGGGCAAGAGCCUCGCAGACAUCAAAACUCAAGUGGAACAGGUCAUCCGCGACUCCGUGAGCUUGGGCGUGUCCAUGUCGGUGGUGCGACGCUUGAAGGCCGAAUCCAUUGGGCUCAAGAAGAUGGAGGUGGGUCUCGGAAUCCACGGUGAGCCAGGGGCAAGGACGGAGGCCAUGGCUUCGGCCAAGGCCAUCGUGGAAAUGCUGAUGGAGGGCCUGGCGCAAGGGCGCAGCAGCAAAGGGCUGCCGGAGCCGACGGAUGGUCUCAUUUGCAUGAUCAACAACUUAGGCGGAGUGCCGCCGCAAGAGAUGUGCAUAUUGGUGGCUGAGCUGAUGAGAUCCAAGUGGGGAAGCUCUGUGAAGCUGCUGAUUGGUCCUGCCUUUCUCUGCACAUCCUUGGCUAUAGACCAACCCGCCAAUGUUGGAAUCUGGUCAGCAACAGCCUCUGAGCUUCAUGUGACCAGGGACUUGGCAGUGGAACGUCCCGACAGCAGCCUGUUGCAUCGCUCAUGUCCCUGGGGAGGGCACUUGGUUCGACUAGAUCUGCGCAACAUCCGAGUGAUGGGAGCACCUGAAAUCGCUAGCAACGUGCUGGUGCGCCCGGAGGUUCGAAGUCGCUAUUCUGGAGUGCUGGAGAAGGGCGUCUAUCGUGAUGUGAUGAGUAGCGAAAUUUUGAAGACCUUCAAUCCUGGGGAUGCCUUGAUCGAGCAGUUCUACACCAUGCCGGCCUUACGUCUACCGGCGUUGCUUUUUGGUGACUUCUCAGGAGAAGGAUUCUUUGAAACCAACAAGCUCCUGUGUGUGGAGAAAAUCGCUUUGGAGCCUAAGGUGGUGAUUCUCAGAGAUGACCUGGCUGAGCUCAAGAUGAAACUCAAGUGCUCUCAGGGGCAGUUUGUGGACCUACUGCAGAAGUACUACAUUCAGCAGUUGUUCAGCCGGAUCUGCAGCCUGGGCUGGAUCAGCCUGCUGGGGCCUGAGACACCUGAUGCUACCCUCAGCAAGUUUCAAGAGAUGGACAAGAAGCUCAAUGCAGAGACUGGGGCUGAGGGGAUGGAGGUGGCUGAGGCCCUCACCGAAAAGCAAGCAGUGCUUGAGGACGAAAUGGCUGAGGCAGCGUGCUUCGCGAAGCCGCUUCUGAGAACCGUGGUUGUGAUCAGCUAUAGAGAUGGCUGUUCGAUGGAACCCUUUGCCUGGUUUGAUGCGUGGGUUCUUCAUGCUUGCCAGGAAGCCCCUGCAGUUGCCAAUCAGCAUGGUGAGAUAGAGCACCAACUGCACAAGCAAGUCCUUGUGGAUGAGUCGGGGCCCGUAUUUUCCAACUUUCGUGCGCGCAUGGGUCUGGAGAAAGAGGGGUCAGUAGCAGGGCCCGAAACUGCGAAGCAUGUAGAACGAAAAAAAGCAAGCCUGCUGAUACAGGCGUUGGACAUGGAUGGAUGGGUAGGACGCAUCACCGCCUCCAACACUUUGCUGAAUCAUCUCAUCGACGAAUAUCUCCUGACUGCUCGGAGAGAACAUCAGAGUCAGAACAUCUUCCAUUUUGUAUGCAUCUUCAGCACGCCCGAAGACAAGUGGUAUGCGCAUCGGGUGGUGCAAGGCUACAUGAACCGCCCAGGAAUCCAGGAGUUACGCCAAGCAGAUGAACAAUUCUACAUUACCCUGGCUUUGCGCAACUUCAAUCGUGGGCCUCCCUUGCUGCCAUCGGAUGAGUCGGUGAUUAUCCAGGAUGGCCAUGAUCGCGGCCUGUCCUGCUGGAUGCCUUUUGAGCCUCGAAAGAAGUUCUGCUUUGCCGAGUACCUGCGGCAAUUUCUAGAACGACUGGGCCAUCAAGUGCCCAUCUAUGACACCUUGGAUGGCAAGACGCUGGUGCCUUACCAAUGCGUCAUGGUCAGAGAGUCUUGGAUGGAGCUCCGAAGAGACGUGCUGGCGGCGCUGAAGUUGCAAAAGAUGGCGUAUCGCUUUCGGCACGGCGGCACCACUGCCCCAACCUUGGUGGAAGAUGUUUGUCCCCGCGUAACGCCCGAGAGAGCGACGUCUCCAUCGGUGCCAUCGCAUGGAUGCCAUGGCGACGGAAUCUGCGAGCGGCCUAUUGUGGCGAAGGUGGUGGUGCGCAACACCUUCUUAGAACUGGAAGAUGAUGUUCCCUCCCAACUCAUCGAGAAUUUGCCUUCCAAUUUGUCCUUAAAAAGGAGCAAAAGUGCCAGUGGCGACAUCCUGAACUUGAGUGUACAGUGCUGUAAAGAUUCAGUCUGA